ACCAAGUCAUUCAAUUCUAAAAUUCUACAUGGUAUCAGAGCGAUUCUUGGGACAACCCUAAGACUACCGCAUCCAUACACGUCCAUCCGACCGCCGCUCGUUCCAGCCGCCGCCUGUUCGGCACACAGCCGCCGUUCGUCCACCACUGACAUCUCAACAGCCACCUAUCUCUGACGCCAUGAGAACCGAAACAACCAAGAAGACGUGGUUAAUUCAUGAUCCGUCCACGAUUUAUUAUCUUCAUCCGUCAGAACACGCUGGAAACGCCUUGACCAAAUACCUACUCAAAAGUGAUAAUUAUGAGGUUUGGGAAAAAGCCAUACGUAAUGCCCUAGGAGGACGGGGCAAGGCUAUUUUCUUAAUACCUGAUGGCGUUCCGAAACCCAAAGAUGAACGAGAACUCGCCGCCUGGGAAUCUAACAACUCUAUCAUCUGUAGUUGGAUUUUCAACAGCGUGGAUGAGUCUAUUCAACCGAGCAUCGUCUCUCACUCCGUUGCUUCUGUUUUAUGGUCAGAUCUGAAAAAGAGGUACAGUACCUCAAAUGGCCCUCGUAUUUACCAAUUAAAAACAGAAUUGAACGCGCUACGGCAAAAGGGGCAAACCGUGGUUGCAUAUUACAAUCAAUUCAUUACUCUAUGGAAUCAGCUGCAUGAAACCGGUGAUCCUACCAGCGGUUGCACAUAUACCGCCGCCGCUACUACACGGGCAAAAUUCGAACGAGAAAAGACAAUUGAUUUCCUACUUGGAUUAGAUGAUGAACAGUUCGGUCCUCUCCGAUCCAACCUCCUGGGGACUGAACCCAUACCAGAUUUGGAUGGAGUUUUUCAUCUCGUCUCACAAGAAAAACGUCAUCGCACCAUCAUUCGCAGUCGAGAUGACAAAACCGAUGCUAUGGCCUUUGCAACUUGCUGGGACGACCGGAUCACACGCCCUCCUCCACCUUCGGAAAAACUUCUCUGCACACAUUGUGGCCGUACAAACCACAACGUUGAUGCUUGUUACGAACUGGUUGGGUUUCCGGCGCAUUACACACGCCUCUCUACCAACAGAGGACCGUCCGCAGGUAGGGGCGGACGUGGAGGCAGUGCUGGGGGCCGAGCAACAAACACCGGAGGACGUGGAGGAGGUCGCCGAGGCACACCAGCCGUCGGCAACAACACCGGAGUAGCCCACGCUACAACCGACGAGAUGUCAAACCUUAAUCUCAGCGUCAAAUGGCCCGCCUCAUGUCAUUGCUUGAAUCAUCCAAUGCUAAUCAGUAUAAUGGUAAGAUCUGAGCAUGGCGGCAAUGGUGGCGGAGGCGAUGGUGGCAGCGACUAUGAUGAUCUACCUGCACCACGAUACCGAGCAAUGGUGGGGAUGGUGGGGUUGGCUGGUGACGGUGGAGUGGCGGCGAUGGUGAGGCCGGGUGCAUCGAUGGUUGAUAAUAGAGAUUCUGCACAACCUAAAAUCACCCCCGAGCAGGCUGUGAAACUGUGUGAUAGAAAUUUUGGCAUUGGUGCCGACGGGGUGAUUUUCACAUUGCCUGGCACCAAUGGGACUGAUUAUACCAUGAGGAUAUUCAAUUCUGAUGGCAGUGAGCCUGAAAUGUGUGGUAAUGGAAUUCGAUGCUUUACCAAAUUUAUAUGCAAGCUUGAGAAUUUACAUGGAAAGCAAAGCUUUAUUGUACACACUCGAGCUGGCUUGAUUGUUCCUGAGAGACAUGAAGACGGAAAGGUUAGGGUUGAUAUGGGUGAGCCCGUUCUCAAGGCAUCAGAUGUUCCCACAAAAUUAUUGGCAAAUAAAGAUCAUUCUGUUGUUAAAGGAGAACUGGAGGUUGAUGGAACUACUUGGAGUGUGACAUGUGUUAGCAUGGGAAAUCCUCACUGUGUAACUUUUGGUACAGGAAACAAGGAUUUGCAAGUAGAUGAGGUAAACUUGGCAGAAAUUGGUCCAAAGUUUGAGAAUCACGUUAUGUUCCCUGCACGAACUAAUACUGAAUUUGUGCAAGUGUUGUCUCCGACGCACCUUAAAAUGUGUAUCUGGGAGCGUGGUGCAGUGCAACCCUGGCUUGUGGAACUGGAGCUUGUGCUAUAGUUGUUACUGUCGUGCUUGAGGGCCGUGCUAGAAGGCAGUGUAAUGUCGAUUUACCUGGCGGGCCACUUGAGAUUGAGUGGAAGGAGGAUGACAACCAUGUGUAUAUGACUGGCCCAACAUAUAUUGUCUUUUAUGGAACUGUUCCUCCUUAAAGCCUCCAGCUCCCACACCACUUAGGUAUAUUUAUUCUCCAUUUGGGUACUGCAUUAGUCUUUAAAGCUUUCCUGAACUUCAUAUCCAAUUUUCUUCAUGUAGUUCACUAGUUCGAUGAUGCAAUGCUUAACUUCUGAGAACAUGACAAGCCAUCUCCACUGGUUUUUCUGUAGUACUGAGAUGUUGUACCACAAAAAAAAAAUUCGUCAUUUAAAUUUGUUAUAAUGCUCUCAAUUUGGACAUAUGUGCUUGGAUGUUUUGUACUGGCGCGUUUAGCUUUCGAGUGACCUCAGUUUCGACAUUGUUUCUCAGCAUAAGCAAAAUUUUCAAUGAAGGUAAUGCAUGCAA